AUGGAGGCUCGAGGUACCGGUUCCGGCGUCCCAAAAGCGUCGCUAGCAGGCUUCGUGUCCACCUCAGUGCUCACGUCCUCGGAUGGGCUCUUCGGCGACAACGUGGAGGAGAAGCGCGUGACGGAGGCGCCGGCCCCACGAGCAGAGGACGCAGCUGGCUACAAGCCUCUGUACGAGCAGCUACAAGAGCGUCGGGAGCAGAAGGACAGCGGAUGGAAGGAGAAGAACAACCCGUUCGCGCCUCCUAAAGGACUGGACGAGGAGGAGUUCGAGUACAUUAAGGACCUUGAGAGCAUGAAGGAGGACUCGGAGCGGAAGCGCCAAGCACAGCACGAAGAGGACCUCGCCCAAUUCUUGGUCGCACGUGGUGCCCCAAAAGCUGGUGGUGGUGCAGCGCUUACAGCUCAGCAAUUGCAGAAGUUCCCGGCUAAGAAUGAUUUCAAGACUGCGGCGAAGAAGAAGGCUCCAGUGGUGGUGGUGCGGGCCAAGCGAAAGGCUGAAAAGGACAAACCCCGUAAGGCCACUUCGAAGAGUGUCGAGCCACACGAUACGGUGAAGGGGGAACCGGUGAAGAAGAAGCAAAAGACCGACGCAAAGGAUUCGAGCGAUGCGCCAGUCGAGAAGAAAGCAAAGCCAAAUACUGCUGCGCUUGGGUUGAUGGCCUAUGGUAGCGACAGUGACAGUGACAGCGACAGCUAG